AUGGGUCAAGCAAAGAGCAAAGAGAAUCGAGCAUUAGCAAGGAAGACGCAUUUCUCGCCAAAAGAAAUACGACAUCUACGGCAUAACCUUGAGACAUCAACAUCUAAGCGUUCGGAUAGCAGCAGCAUUACCGAGGAUGUCUUUCGAGAAACGGUCAAAAAGUAUGUGCCUGGCGUAUCACCCAGCGAUGAUAUCUUCUUGAAACGACUGUACGCAGCAUUCGACGUUGACAACAACAAGACUAUCGACUUUGAAGAAUUUGUUGAUGGUUUGAGUAUCUUCAUGAAGGGCACGCCAGAAGAGAAGCUUGCAUUAUCAUUCAAACUUUAUGAUGUGGAUCACGAUGGAUAUUUGACAAGACCAGAACUUGAACGAGUUAUGCUGCAGCUGUCGCGAACAUUUUCAGAGGAAGACCAAGCAGGCGAGAUUAAGGCAAUGAUUGCAAGAAUGUUUGAUGACCUUGAUGUGGAUAAUGAUGGUCGAUUGUCAUUUGAGGAAUACAAGUUAUCAGCCAUGAAAGAGCCAUUGAUUGUCGAUUUUCUCGAACAAUUCCUUGCCGAACACAACCUUUCCAAUUAUCCUCGUGUACCUUCUCGACCGGGAUCAGUACGUUCUUUCAGAUCAGGUCGUUCAUUGACACCCAUGAAUGGAUACAGUCCCAAACCUCCUGGAUCACCAUCAUCAUUGACGGCUGCUGCUGCUGCUGCCAGUACACAUAAACUUUCAGUGCGUCUCUCUCAAGCUGAAUUACUCGAAUACAGCCAUCAACAACAACAAAAGCUAAGCAGCGUACCCACCACACCUACCUCUUCAAGCCAUAGUUUGAAAUCUCAAGCGAUGGGUCUACCACCAAGCCCUGUUCGCAGUGCAAGCCCUGUUGAGCAUGAAGAUGACAAAAAUCGACUCCACCAAGCAACUGCCGCCGCCGCCACAACCACAACCAAUGACACCUCAACCCAUGACAAUACCAAUGUCGCUACCUCAACCAACAACAACGCUUCAACUUCAAACUCACCGUGA